UUGACACAAAAAACUUAGGACGCUUGGUAAACCAUUAAGCCUCUUCCCCUGAGAACUACCAUUACAACCCUUUUUUUUCUCUUUUACUAUUUAUAUAUAUAACUGUAUAUACACCAUCUUCUCCAACCUUUUGAUUCUUUAAUCACCCUUCCCUCUGUUUCUCUUUUUUCUUUUUCUUUUUUCCAAAAAUCAAAUCACUUUCGGUUUUCUUAGAACCUGGUUUUUCUCUUUAUUCUUUCUUCAUCUCCAUUACAAGCAAAGCAAAGAGUUUCUCUUCCAAAUUCAUUUCAGCCAACAAAAACCUUUCCAUACAUGAGAGAACACAACCAUGAAAAGCUCAAGAAGAGGCAGCAAAAUCGCAGAAACCAACAGUUCUCACCGCCCAAAAUAUGGCAAAAUGUCACAACAACAGCAGUCCGAUCCAAACGACCCCGCCGACGAAUCAUUUCGAUUCAGCAAUGCCGACACUAGCCCUCCUAACACUUCUCCACCAAACCCAACUUCCUGGGACGAAUCCUCCCCGUUAUCGAAAUCUCCGUGGUCCUCUCACGCCGCUGAAAUCGACGAUACGUAUUCAUACACAGGCCUAAUGGGUUCUCUUGUUCGUGAAGAAGGGCAUAUAUACUCGCUUGCCACCUCUGGAGACUUGUUAUACACUGGUUCUGAUAGCAAGAACAUCCGGGUAUGGAAGAAUCAGAAAGAGUUUUCUGGGUUCAAAUCGAAUAGUGGGUUAGUUAAAGCCAUUGUAAUUGCAAAUGAAAUAAUCUUCACGGGUCAUCAAGACGGGAAGAUUCGAUUAUGGAAAGUGUCUGCGAAGAAUCCAACAAUUCACAAACGAAUCGGGACUUUACCGACGUUGAAAGCAUAUAUAAAGAGCUCGAUCAAUCCGAGCAAUUAUGUUGAGGUGAGAAGGAAUCGAAAUGCGGUUUGGAUCAAACAUUUCGAUGCGAUAUCAUGUCUUAGUUUGAGCGAAGACAAAUCAUUGUUAUACUCUGCUUCUUGGGAUAAAACAAUGAAGGUUUGGAGAGUAUCGAAUUCGAAAUGCUUGGAAUCGAUUCAUGUUCAUGAUGACGCGGUGAAUGCGGUGGUUGCCGGCUUUGAUGGGUUGGUGUUCACGGGCUCCGCCGAUGGGAGUGUAAAGAUAUGGCGGCGAGAGAUGCAGGGGAAGGGUACCAAACACUUUUUUUCACAGAUUUUGUUAAAGCAAGACUGCGCCGUGACGGCGUUGGCGGUGAAUAGAUUGGUGGAGAUGCUUUACUGUGGAUCGUCCGAUGGGGUUGUGUAUUUUUGGGAGAGGGAGCAGUUGGGUUCCCACGGCUGCGUUCUCAGGGGGCAUAAGUUGGCGGUGUUGUGUUUGGCGGCGACGGGGAAUUUGGUGUUUAGUGGGUCAGCGGAUACCAAGAUAUGCGUGUGGCGGAGAGAGGCGUCGGCGGAAGGUGUUGGAGAGCAUGUGUGUUUGUCGGUGUUGACAGGGCAUACCGGGCCGGUCAAAUGUUUGGCGGUGGAGGAGGAUAGGGAAGCCAAGGGAGGGGAUGAUGCUUGGAUCGUUUAUAGUGGGAGUCUCGAUAAGUCGGUCAAGAUUUGGAGAGUGUCAUCGCAGAUGAAUGCGAUAGCAAUGGUUCAAAGUCCGACAACUCCAAGGAGUUUGGCCACGGCGGCGGGUUUGGGCCCAUUCUCAUGAAUCUCGUCACCAUUUUAUACCUCAAAAGUUUUGUUUGAAUGUCGAAUUUACGAAGGAAAAAAAAGAAAAAGGUUUACAGAUUUUGAUUUUUCAAAAUUUUCAAAAUUAAACUAAAGCACCUUUCUUUUUUGUGUGUGUUUAUUUCCAUUAAACUAAUUUCUAAUUUUUUUUAAAAAAAAAUUCAAAAAAUAAAUUUUGAAAAACUUUGUUAGAGCAUUUGUAAUGAUUUGUCAUUGGAGCUGCUAUAGCUAUAAUUUGACUGUUGAGAAGAAAAGUAAUGCUCCAAUGGUCACAUAUGACAGCUGUCAAAUUUGAUAAAUACCAAGCGUGUGUCAAAUUUGACAUAAGUUUUGGUAGCUAUCAUAUAUGCGAACAGCUCUCAAAACCUCCCUCCCCUCCCCCUCUUAGAAAAACAGACAAAUUUUGCAAAAUCAUCAUUUUUGCAAAACCAAACACAUAAACUAGUGUGUUCUGACAGCUGAUCGUCCGAACACACCAGUUUUUAUGUUUGGUUAUGCCAAAAUAACAUCUUACCAUUGCACAUUGCUAUAAUUCUGUCAUUUUUUAUUAUUCAUUGUCAAAUUAUAAUAAUAACAAUACUAUUAUAACAUUUGUCAUUAGAGAUAUUCUAACUUUUCCUUUCCUUCUUUUUUUCCCCCUUCAUAGAUACUUGACUCAAUUCUAUGGUUCAAACAAUCCUUUAGAAGUGGUAAUGUUAAGAUUGUGUUUAAUAUUGGAUUUGAUAAGAGACUUGUAUAGAGAAUAGAAAUUGGAAGAAGUGCAAAUGAAAUUGAGGUUAAUCUUUUUGUUA